GUGCCAAUUGAUGCAUUGAAGCUGCUGUUGUCCAUGGUGUGUGUGAGUAUGUGAAUAUAUAGGUGUGAAGAGGGUCACAGGGGAGCCUGGAGCUUAUCCCAGGGGCACAAGGAGUGGGACAACCUGGAUGGCGUGCCAACCCAUCGCAGGGCACAAUCACGCACAUUCACACACUACAGACAGUUUGGAAAUGCCAGUCAGCCUACAAUGCAUGUCUUUGGACUGGGGGAGGAAAUUGGAGUACCCAAAGGAAAACCCCGAAGCACAGGGAGAACAUGCAAACUCGGACGCGAUAAUUGAACCACCGACCCCGGAGAUCAGAGGGAGCUCUCUGGGAAACGGUGAUUUCCCUGGCCACAGAGUGCAUGAAAGGUGUGCUGCUGACUCAGAGGAAGUUUAUUUACCACUAUAAGAACGUGCGCUGGGCUCGUGGGAGGAACGAGACCUACCUCUGUUUUGUGGUCAAGAAACGCAACAGUCCCGACUCGCUCUCCUUCGACUUCGGACACCUGCGCAAUCGUUCUGGCUGCCAUGUGGAGCUUCUCUUCCUGAGCUAUCUUGGGGUACUGUGCCCAGGUUUCUUGGGUUCCGGUGUGGAUGGUGUCAGGGUGGCUUAUGCCAUCACCUGGUUCUGUUCCUGGUCACCCUGUUCAAACUGUGCCCAUCGCCUUUCUCGCUUCAUGUCUCAGAUGCCCAACCUGCGGCUGCGCAUCUUCGUCUCGCGCCUCUACUUCUGUGACGAGGAGGACAGUCAAGAGAGAGAGGGACUCCGUUGCUUGCAGAGGGCAGGUGUGCAAGUGACAGUCAUGACCUAUAAAGAUUUUUUCUACUGUUGGCAAACCUUUGUGGCUCAAAAUCAGAAGGCUUUCAAGGCUUGGGACGACCUUCACCAGAACUCUAUCCGACUGUCUCGGAAACUACAGCGAAUCCUGCAGCCUAGUGAGUCUGAAGACCUGAGGGAUGGCUUCGCUCUGCUGGGCCUUUAAUGACAUAAGAGUUUACAUGACAAUCAAUUAUGGUGCUGUUAAAACAAAAUUCCUGAGACUUGAAUCACUGAAACAUUAAUAAUUAUUUUUUUUCUCCCUGAAUAGCAUUAUAGCUUUGAUAAAGGCGUCUGGGGGCGCUGUGUCCGUGCUACUUAUCAAAAUACUACAAUAAAGAGUUUUCGUACGA